UCCCAAAUAAAGCCAUGCCCUCCACUGGCAUCCUUCCAUGGAUCCAAGGGAUCUUCUGCAAUGCCAACAACCCCUGUUUCCAGCAAGCAACCCGUGGAGAGUCUCCAGGCCUAGUGUCUAACUACAACAACUCAAUACUGGCUCGGUUUUGGGCGGACACACAGGAGCUGUUGUUCAAAGAUCCUGAGUUGCUGCAGUUGGGACGGUUAUGGGGGGAACUCGUGGCCAUGAGCAACUUCAUGGACACCCUCAGGACCAAUCCCGAACUGAUCGCGGGUCGAGGCGUGAAAGUGGAGGACAUUCUGAAAGAAGACGAAACUCUCACUUCAUACCUGCUCAGAGAUGUUCCUCUCACAGAAUCUGUGGUAGAUGAGCUGGUCCAUGCACAGAUCCGCCCUGAACAGUUUGCAUAUGGAGUUCCUGAUCUCCGUCUGAAGGACAUCGUCUGCAGUCAGACUCUUCUUGAGCUUUACCUUAUUUUCCCGAGCCGUUGGGGCCUGUAUUCUGUGCACAAUGCCAUGUGUGUUCUCACGCCGCAGCGUCUCCAGAUCAUUGAAGACAAAUUCUACGCCAAUCUUGACGUCUUCAAACUUUUCCGCUUGCUUCCUCUAGUUCUCGAUAACUACUCCAAUGGACUCGACCUGCACUUCUGGGCCCGACUUCUGCCUGCCGUGUCUGAGAAGCUGAAAGCGCUGUUUGAAAGACCAAGCUCUCAAUACCUGUUGCAAGUGGUUUCUCCGCUGCUUCAGUCCCAUGAAUCCCCAUCUUUCAGCCAACUCUUGGCUUCCAUCUCCAGCUUGUUCUGUGGCUACACAGAAGGGGCCUUUUCCAGGGUCACCUCCUUCAACUGGUACGAGGACAACAACUACAAAGCCUUUUUGGGCAUCAACAGCACAAGGGGAGAGGGGAAGUACAACUAUGAUCACAUGGCCACUCCGUUCUGUAAUGACCUCAUUAAGGAUUUGGAGUCCAAUCCAGUCACAAGGAUUGUGUGGAGUUCAGUCAAGCCUUUCCUGAUGGGCAAAAUCCUGUACGCUCCUGAUUCCCCUGCUGUCAGACAGAUCAUUAAAAACGCAAACACCACCUUUGAGGAGUUAGAAAGACUGAGGAACAUGGGUCGGGCCUGGGAGGAGGUGGGCCCACAGGUGUGGAGCUUCUUUCAGGAUGGUGUACAGAUGAACAUGCUUCGGGACUCCAUCAGAAAUCCCACAGUGAUGGAUUAUAUCAACAAAGGCCUCAAAGACACUCCAUUCACUGGCCAACACAUCCUUAACUUCCUGCACAACGGCCCUGAUGAGGAUCGAGCCCAGGACAUGCCUAACUUUGACUGGCGGAACAUCUUUAACAUGACUGACAAAGUUAUUCGCCUUAUAAACCGAUACGGAGAGUGUCUGGUUCUGGACAAGUUCUCCCCUAUUUCUGAUGAGGACCAGUUGACCCAUCGAGCGCUGGACCUUCUUGGGGAGAGCAAGUUUUGGGCAGGGCUGGUAUUUGUUGACAUGUACUCCUGGACCACCAAGGUGCCCCCUCAUGUUAAAUUCAAGAUCCGCAUGGACAUUGAUCUCGUGGAGCGAACUAACAAGAUCAAAGACAGAUACUGGGAUCCAGGGCCUAGAGCUGAUCCCAUGGAUGAUCUGCGGUAUAUAUGGGGAGGAUUUGCCUACCUGCAGGACAUGAUAGAACAUGGAAUAAUAAAGACCCACACAGGGAAGGAAUGUCCGUUAGGAGUCUACCUCCAGCAGAUGCCUUAUCCCUGUUAUGUGGAUGAUCUUUUCAUGCUAACUCUGAACCGCUGCUUUCCGAUCUUCAUGGUGUUGGCCUGGGUCUAUUCUGUCUCUAUGACAGUGAAGAGUAUUGUGCUGGAGAAGGAGAUGAGGUUGAAAGAGACUCUGAAGGCCAUGGGCGUCACUAACCGUGUGCUCUGGUGCACAUGGUUCAUCGACACGUUCUUCAUGAUGGCCUCCAGCACUGCCCUGAUUACUCUAAUUAUCAUGGGAGGAAAAGUGCUGAACUACAGCAAUCCUAUCAUCCUCUUCCUAUUCCUGCUUACUUUUAACACAGCAACCAUCAUGCAGUGCUUCCUCAUGAGCGUUUUUUUCAAUAAGGCUAACCUGGCGGCAGCCUGCAGUGGAAUCGUUUUCUUCACUCUGUACCUGCCGCAUAUCGUCUGCUUCACCUGGCAGGACCGCAUCACCAAAGAUAUGAAAAUCAUGGCGAGUCUGAUGUCCCAGGUGGCUUUUGGCUUUGGGACGGAGUACCUAUCCCGUUACGAGGAGCAAGGUCUCGGUCUACAGUGGGAUAACAUCCAGACCAGCCUUUUCGAGGGGGACGAGUUCUCCUUCUUCAUCUCAAUUAUCAUGAUGGCAGUGGAUACAGUACUUUAUGGUGUUCUUGCAUGGUACCUCGAUAAUGUCUUCCCAGGGCAGUAUGGUAUUGGUCGGCCUUUUUACUUUCCCAUCCAGCCUUCUUAUUGGUUGAACCGACCUGAGCCUCUAAAACAGGAUCCUGGAAAGCCAGCAGUGGAGAAACCUGCCUUUGAUAAUCUGGUGAAUCAUUCUGAUGACCAAGCCAACCACAUAGCACCCGAAAAACCUCCAGAGCCACAAGGGUCCUGCAAACAUAAAGACAUACGUGAGAAACUAGAGGAAGAGAAAAAACAAGAGAGGCUUGAUGAAGAGGAGAAGACCAACAAAAGCACAAGCACAGACUCAUCAGGGAGGCUCUUUUUCGAGUCUGAGCCAUCAGGUUUGGUGGUUGGAGUUUGUGUGGAGAACCUGUAUAAGAUGUUCAGUGGCAGUUGUAGACCUGCUGUGGAUGGUCUGAGUAUCACCUUCUACGAGGGUCAGAUCACUGCUUUCCUUGGCCACAACGGUGCAGGAAAAACCACUACUAUGUCUGUUCUCACCGGCAUGUUCCCUCCCACCGCUGGCACAGCGUAUGUUUAUGGGAAAGACAUCCGAACCGACAUGGAUGCCAUUCGUAAAUCUCUGGGAAUGUGUCCCCAACAUAACAUCAUCUUUCCCCAUAUGACGGUAGCAGAGCACAUCUUGUUUUACUCUCUGCUGAAGGGUCGGCCAUUACCUGAGGCCCAGCUGGAGGUGGAAAAUAUGCUGGAAGAUCUUGGUCUCCCUCACAAGAGGAACGAGGAGGCUCAAAACCUGUCAGGUGGUAUGCAGAGGAAGCUUUCUGUUGCCAUGGCUUUUGUUGGUGGGGCUAAAGUGGUGUUUCUGGAUGAACCCACAUCAGGAGUGGAUCCAUAUUCCAGACGCUCCAUCUGGGACCUUCUGCUGAAAUACCGUGCUGGUCGUACGGUGAUCUUGUCCACACAUCACAUGGAUGAAGCUGACCUGCUCAGUGACCGUGUGGCCAUCAUCUCUCAGGGUCGUCUGUACUGCUGCGGCUCUCCUCUCUUCCUGAAGAACUGCCUGGGUGCUGGUUUCUACCUCACUCUGGUGCGGCGCAUUAAAGAUCAGCCGUCCACAAAGGAGGCUCAGUGUGACUGUACAGAAGACUGCUCCUGUAAGUGCUCACUCUGUACCAAAUUUAAAGAGAGCGCUACAGAGCAGCCCAGAGUCACAGAAAGAAAGAUGGAAGGGGACAUUAAAAGCAUCACGGCCCUUGUCCAUCAUCACAUCCCAGAGGCCAGGCUUAUAGAGGUCAUAGGGCAGGAGCUCACAUUUCUAUUGCCCAGCCAGGGCUUCAAACAUCGUUCUUACGCCAGCCUGUUCAGAGAGCUAGAGGAGACGCUGACAGACAUGGGGCUGAGCAGCUUUGGAGUGUCAGACACUUCACUGGAGGAGAUAUUUCUGAAAGUCACAGCUGAUGGAGAGGCUGCUCACAUCAACGCUACGUCUAACAUCAGAGUUCUGCAACAGAAAUCUCUUGCGAGUCUCUAUAGAGAGAACACAGUGAAAGUGAAAAUAGAAGAAGAUACAGACCGGGCGGUGUAUGCUAAUGGCCAUUCUAACUCUGGAAAUUCACCCAGCAGAAACGGCAGAGGAUCCUAUCAGGUGAAGGGAAUCUUUCUUGUCUUGAAACAGUUUUUUGCUCUUCUCAUUAAGAGGUUCCAUCACACCACACGAUCCGGCAAAGACUUCCUCGCCCAGGUCAGAAUAACAGUAUUGCUGUGUAGCGUCAUCUUUUUUCUUACUAUUUCUUGCAGCAAUGAACAGAUUCAAAGCUCAGAUAUGAGGUAUUUUGGUGAGGUUCUUCUAAACAGACCUGGAUUUGGGACUCGCUGUAUGGUGGAUGAACCUCUAGAAAACUAUCCAUGCAAUAACAUAACUACAGAGUGGGAGAUGCCCCUGGUUAACCCAGCUUUCACUGAGAUGUUGGGUAACCCAGAAUGGACGGACAUUAGUCCGCCUCCCAGCUGCCAGUGCAGGACACCCAACAAACUCACAAUGUUACCUGUGUGUCCAGAAGGCGCUGGAGGUCUUCCUCCUCCCCAGAGGAUUCAAUCCACUGGUGACGUGUUGAUGGAUUUGACUUGCAGGAACAUCUCUAAUUAUUUGGUGAAGACCUACCCUAACUUAAUACGGACAAGCUUGAAGAGCAAGUACUGGGUGAAUGAACAAAGGUAUGGUGGCAUUUCUGUUGGAGGGCGACUUCCUGUUCUCGAUGUGGAUCCUAAAACCGUCCAGGAUGCAGCUGCUCAGUUAGGACGUCUGCUUAAUGUUACAGGGGGAAGAUACUCGAAGCUUACUCUGCAGGAGUUUGGGACUUUCUUGAGAUAUAUGGAAACUGAAAACAAUGUCAAGGUGUGGUUCAAUAACAAAGGCUGGCACGCUAUGGUGGCCUUCAUGAACGUGGCAAAUAACGCCAUCCUUCGAGCCAACCUGCCUCCUGGAGCCGAUUUAAAUGAGUAUGGCAUCACAGCCAUCAAUCAUCCACUAAACCUGACCAAGGAACAGCUGUCGGAGGUCACAGUACUGACCACCUCAGUGGAUGCAGUGGUCGCUAUCUGUGUGAUUUUCGCAAUGUCCUUCGUACCUGCCAGUUUUGUGCUGUAUCUGAUCCAGGAGAGAGUGACGCAGGCCAAACACUUGCAGUUUGUGAGUGGGGUCAGUCCUCUGGUGUACUGGAUCGCUAAUUUCUUUUGGGACAUGAUAAACUAUGCUGUCAGUGCAGCGAUGGUUGUGGGGAUUUUUAUUGCAUUUGACAAAAAAUGCUACACCUCGCCUGGCAACUUGCAAGCCCUGAUAGCUCUGCUGAUGCUUUAUGGUUGGUCGGUGACUCCCAUGAUGUAUCCGAUGUCUUGUGUAUUUGACGUGCCAAGCACAGCGUACGUCUCUCUGUCCUGCAUCAACCUCUUCAUUGGCAUCAACAGCAGUGCAAUCACGUUCAUAUUAGACCUGUUUGACAGUACAGAGGCUCUGUAUAAGUGUAACCAGGUGCUGAAGAAAGCUCUACUUGUCUUUCCUCACUUCUGUUUGGGCCGCGGGCUCAUUGACAUGGCAAUGAACCAGGCCGUGAUGGACGUGUAUGCACGCUUUGGUGAGGACUUCAUUUCAGAUCCCUUCAGUUGGGACUUUGUGGGAAAGAAUCUGACAUUCAUGGCAAUAGAAGGGUUUGUCUAUUUCAUCCUGAACGUGUUGAUACAGUACCGAUUCUUCCUGGACCACUGGAUGGCAGAUUUAAAGAAGCCGCCAGAAACUGAUGAAGAUGUGGAUGUGGCCAAAGAGAGAGAGAGGGUUUACAAAGGAAAAAGCUCUAGCGACAUCCUUCAGAUAAAAGACCUAUCAAAGACAUAUACUGGAACGAUCAGGCCGGCGGUUGACAGGAUAUGUGUCGGAGUGACACCAGGACAGUGCUUUGGACUUUUGGGUGUUAAUGGUGCUGGGAAAACUACCACAUUCAAAAUGCUGACAGGAGACAUUGAUGUGACUUCAGGGGAAGCUGUUGUGUCUGGUUACAGCAUUCUUACCAACAUUUUGGAUGUGCACCAGAACAUGGGCUACUGCCCUCAGUUUGAUGCCAUAGAUGAUCUUCUAACAGGAAGAGAACAUCUGCACUUGUACGCUCGGCUCAGAGGAGUCCCGGAAUCUGAGAUCAGCAGAGUGGCUGAAUGGGGAAUUCAGAAACUGGGUUUAUUUGAGUAUGCAGGCUGCACUGCCGGCACAUACAGUGGUGGGAACAAGCGUAAACUCGCGACAGCUAUUGCAAUGAUUGGCUGUCCAGCUCUUCUGCUGCUAGAUGAGCCAACUACAGGGAUGGAUCCUCACUCUCGGAGGUUCCUCUGGAACUCCAUCAUGAGUGUGAUUCAGGGUGGAAGGGCAGUGGUCCUUUCAUCACACAGCAUGGAGGAAUGUGAAGCUCUCUGCACACGACUGGCCAUCAUGGUGAAUGGAACAUUCAAGUGUCUUGGCACAAUCCAGCACCUCAAAUACAAGUUUGGUGAUGGAUAUGUGGUCACCAUGAAAAUCAGAGCAGCCAAAGCGGGCACUGUGCCAGAUCUGAAUCGGGCCGAAGCGUUUAUGGAGAGCACGUUUCCAGGCUGCAUUCAGAGGGAGAAACACUAUAAUACUCUACAGUAUGAGAUCGCUUCUUCCUCCCUGGCCAAAAUCUUCCAGCUAGUCUUGGCCAACAAAGAAAUGCUGAAUAUCGAAGAUUACUCGGUGUCCCAGACAACACUGGACCAGGUGUUUGUGAAUUUUGCAAACCAGCAAUCCGGAGAAGAUGAUGCCAUUGUGUUGCACCCAAGGGCAGCCGGUGCCCGGCGGGACAUGAGAGUCUUUCCAGCGAAAAUGAAAGCCUAAAAUCUUCAUUGAGCAGGUCAAUUGAAGUCAUCUGGCAGGCCACACAAAAGAGUCAUGAAAUGAGGGGGAGAUGAUUUUCUUUCUUCUUUACCAAACACUCAAUUUGAAACUUCUGAGUGUUUACGCAGUAACGGCUUUACACACCUUCUUUGCUUGGCUUUUUUUUUUAAAUAUAGAAAUGCAACCAAAACACAACAAAAUACAAAUAGAACUGGACUGAGUUAUGAAUACUGUAGCACUUUAUUAUGUCAAUGUCACUUUUUUACCAAUAAUUUUGUUUUCAUAUUGCAUUGUGAUGCAUUGCAAGUCAAUGUUUUAAUAACUCUUGCCAAGUUAGAAAAGUGUAGCAUACAAACAACACUUUAAGUUGUAAUUAAAAGUUGAUUUUGCUUUAGUUUUUUCUUUAUUUCUUGCUUGCCUGUAAAGAUACUCCAAAAAAAUACUAUUAAAAAUGUUCUUGCUCACUGUCACUUUGUCAAGAGGGAAUGCAAUAACCUCGCCAUAAAUAAAAUCUGGAGAUAUUUAUUAAA